AUGCCUGGGACUCUUGUUGGCUCACGGCCCCAGCAGCUGUCGUCUGAGCGGGACAAGAUGGACUCGUCUCCCCGUCGGGAUCUUUAUUUGAUCGCGAAUGACGAUACUGUCUAUGAGCAGGAUAUCCUUCGUGACCCGGGAAGCAUCAAGCCGUGGCUCUCCUACAUUGAACACAAGAAGCAGAAUGGAACGCUAUACGAGCAGUCUUUUGUUAUGGAGCGGGCCUGCAAACAAUUACCCCGAUCAUACAAGCUGUGGAAAAUGUAUCUUGAACUUCGAGUCAAUCACGUCCACGAGCGAAACCCGUCCACUUACCAAGCUGAAUACCACAAGGUCAACGCGCUCUUUGAACGGGCCGUUGUCCUGCUGAACAAGAUGCCUCGCAUCUGGGAGAUGUACCUCAAUUUCUUACUGGAGCAACCUCUUGUCACUCAAACUCGACGGACGUUUGAUCGUGCGCUCCGUGCCCUUCCUAUCACCCAGCACAAUCGUUUAUGGAAAAUUUACAAAUCUUUUGCUGUAUCCGCAUCUGGCGAUACUGCAGUGAAGGUUUGGAGUAGAUAUAUGCAAAUCCACCCGGAAGACGCCGAAGAAUAUAUUUCAAUUUUGGUUCAAAUGAAGCAAUACAACGAGGCUAUAAAAUGGUACAUACGGAUCCUAGAUGACCCUCGGUUUCAAUCAAAAAACGGUCUUAGCCACUUCCAACUCUGGACUGAAAUGGUUGAAUUACUCGUCAAUAAAGCCAAAGAAAUUGAAACUGGGCCUCAAGUGGGUAUCAAUGUUGACUCGAUAAUUCGAAGCGGCGUCGAUAAGUUCCCGGACCAACGGGGCAGGUUAUGGGCUGGGCUGGCUACAUACUGGAUAACUAAAGGAAACUUCGAAAAGGCGCGAGAUGUCUUUGAAGAAGGAAUCACCACUGUCAUGACGAUCCGGGAUUUUACUAUGAUAUUUGAUUCCUAUGUUGAAUUUGAGGAAUCAAUUAUUGGUGCCCUUAUGGAAAAGGCCGCUGCCCGAUCGGAGAAAGGAAAACUAGAUGAGACUGCAGAUUUUGACUUGGACCUACGCAUGAUGAGAUUCGAACAGCUUAUGGAUCGCCGACCAUUCUUAGUUAAUGAUGUGCUUUUAAGACAGAAUCCCAACAACGUGAUCGAAUGGGAAAAGCGUGUUGUGCUAUGGGGUGACAAUAAGACAGAGGUGGUGCGUACCUAUACUGAUGCUAUUGCUACCAUCAAUCCCAAAAAAGCGCACGGCAAAUUUUAUGAACUUUGGGUCAACUAUGCGAAGUUCUAUGAAAACGGUGGAGAUCUUGAUACUGCCAGAGUAAUCAUGGAUAAAGCUGUUAAGGUUCCUUUCAAAUCUGUUUCCGAACUUGCAGAGACCUGGUGCGAGUGGGCGGAGAUGGAACUGCGAAAUGAGAACUUUGACCGCGCCGUUGAGAUCAUGGCAAAAGCGACACAGGCGCCAAAGCGAUCCACUGUUGACUACUUUGACGAAACUCUCUCUCCACAACAGCGUAUCCAUAAAAGCUGGAAGCUAUGGAGUUUUUAUGUCGACUUAGUUGAGAGUGUACGAAGUCUCGAAGAAACCACAAAAGUCUACGAACGGAUUUUUGAGCUCCGUAUCGCUACUCCUCAAACCGUUGUUAACUACGCGAAUCUUUUGGAAGAACACAAAUAUUUUGAGGACUCCUUCAAGAUUUACGAACGUGGCCUUGAUCUCUUCAACUAUCCAGUCGCAUUUGAGCUGUGGAAUCUGUACCUGACGAAGGCGGUGGACCGUAAGAUCGGCAUCGAACGACUACGAGACCUGUUCGAGCAAGCAGUGGAUGGAUGUCCACCUAAGUUCGCAAAAGUUCUGUAUCUGAUGUACGGAAAUCUUGAAGAAGAACGAGGGUUGGCACGCCACGCAAUGAGGAUCUAUGAACGUGCCACUCGUGCUGUUUCCGACGAGGAUCGAUCUGAGAUGUUCAACUUCUACAUCACUAAAUCUGCUUCCAAUUUUGGACUUACAUCGACUCGACCCAUCUAUGAGCGAGCUAUCGCAGCUUUGCCCGACAAAGAAGCCAAGGACAUGUGUCUCAAGUUUGCAGAGAUGGAACGCAGAUUGGGCGAGAUUGACCGCGCAAGAGCUAUCUAUGGGCAUGCGUCGCAAUUCUGUGACCCUCGGACCAACGCAGAAUUCUGGCAGAAAUGGGAGGCAUUUGAGGUCCAGCAUGGCAAUGAGGAUACUUUCAAAGAGAUGCUUCGCAUUAAACGAAGCGUACAAGCACAGUACAAUACCGAUGUCAACUUCAUUGCUUCUCAGGCAAUCGCCCGCAGCAAGCAGAUCGCCAAGGAUACUGUGAAUGAAGCCGCCAGCCAAGGAGAAGGGGCUGCGGAUGCCAUGGCAGCAUUAGAACGUCAAGCACAGGCACCGAUCGGUUUCGUUGCGGCCAGUACAGGCCCGGAGGGUGGCAAUCGUCCAGCCGAACCUCCCGCCCCAGCUGCCAACCCUGAUGCUAUCGAUCUUGACGAUGAGAUAUAG